UCUCUCUUUCUCUCUCGCCCUCAUUCAUUCUUUCUCUUUCUCUCUCUCUGUCACAUGACUGUGUGUGUUAUUGCCAUGAUUCUGACACACACUCGAGCACGUUUGUGGGAUUAGACACAUUGUGUGUGAGCGUGUGUGUGUGUGUGUUUGGAGGUUAAGGAUGAUACACUUCACAUGGCUGCUGCUGAUCUCCGGGAUCCCGCGUGUUACAGCAAGUUAUCCGAUAUGGUGGUCAUUAGCAGUGGGUCAUCAGUACUCGUCUGUAUCGUCUCGGCCUGUCCUGUGCAGCUCCAUUCCGGGUCUAGUGCCGAAGCAGCUUCGCUUCUGCAGGAAUUUUGCAGAGGUGAUGCCCAGUGUGGUGCAGGGCCUCAGCAUCGCCAUCCGUGAGUGUCAAUACCAGUUCCGUGGCCGCCGAUGGAACUGCACAACUCUCAAUGACACACUCGCCAUCUUUGGUCCUGUCCUAGAUAAAGCCACAAGGGAAGCUGCAUUUGUUCACGCCAUCGCAUCUGCAGGAAUAGCGUUUGCCGUGACCCGAGGGUGUGCUGACGGUUCUGCUACCAUCUGUGGCUGUGAUAUGAUGCGGAAAGGUCCCCCGGGGGAGGGGUGGAAGUGGGGUGGCUGCAGUGAGGACGUCGAAUUCGGAAACAUGGUGUCACGAGAAUUCGCUGAUGCACGAGAGAACCGACCUGAUGCCCGAUCUGCUAUGAACCGUCACAACAACGAGGCUGGCAGGACAUCCAUCACCGAGCACAUGUACCUAAAGUGUAAAUGUCAUGGACUGUCAGGAAGCUGCGAGGUGAAGACAUGCUGGUUUUCACAGCCAGACUUUCGCAGAAUCGGUGACUACAUGAAGGACAAAUACGACAGCGCCUCUGAGAUGGUGGUGGAGAAACACAGGGAGUCUCGCGGUUGGGUUGAAACCCUGCGGCCUAAAUACACCUUCUUUAAACCGCCAACUGACACCGAUCUCAUCUACUAUGAAAAUUCGCCCAAUUUCUGUGAGCCGAACACAGAGACGGGUUCGUUUGGGACGCGAGAUCGCACGUGUAACCUGACAUCACAUGGCAUCGACGGCUGUGAGCUGCUUUGCUGUGGCCGUGGACACAACACAAGAACCGAGAAACGCAAAGAGAAAUGUCACUGUGUCUUCCACUGGUGCUGCUACGUCAGCUGUCAGGAGUGCAUGCGCGUCUACGACGUCCACACCUGCAAAUAACUUGAACUCGUUUGGAGAAAAUCUGCUUCCUUAUUAACCUGAAAAUUAUGGCUCCAGUAUCUCUAAGUGUCUCCGAGGCUUUCUGGAUUCAAUUAUUUAUUAUUCCACUAAGGGGUGAAGGGGCUUUAUUCCACUUUACCUAAA